GCACCGUUCGUUUGGGGUGCGGAGCGCCUUUUGUUGCUCCCGCGGCGGGGCAGUUCGGCGGCGCUAGGACCCGGCGGACCGGGCUCGCACGCGGGUUUUUCCUCCUCCUCCUCCUCCUCCUCCUCCAGAGAAAGAGCGAUGGCGGCCCGUUAGCGGCGCGUGCAGGCGGCGGGGCUGGGACUGCGCCGGACGCACCGGGGCCAUGGGGGGCGGCGCGGCCUGGCCCCCUGCGUGAGGCGCGCCAGGCCCGCGCGUCCCCUCCGAGCGCGGCGCGGCCCUGUGGCGGCGAAGGCCGCUCGCCCUCCUCCCGCCCGGCCGGUGCCGGGGCAUCCCCCCAGGCCAGGGCGCGGCGGCGGCGGCCAUGGCCACCGAGCUGGAGCCCCCUGCCUCGGGCGCGGCGCCGCUGGAGGCGGAGGAGGACGAGGAGCACUGGUUGUACGGGGAUGACACCACUGGUAAGCAAGAAGAUGGACCAAUUGCUGGACAUGCAGAAUCUUCUCAUCCUUUGCAAGAUGCUCCUCAGGAGAGCCGGCCUGUCACCAGUGAAGACCGAGAGAUGUCUCAACAUGCCCCUCCAAGUGGUGAAGAUGAGGAGGAAGACAGUGAUAGCGACAGUGAUGAUGAUGAUGAUGUGAAAGUUACCAUUGGCAACAUUAAAACAGGAGCACCAUCAUACAUGGGGACUCCUAUGAAUCUGAACUUAAAAACAGGUAGAGGCUAUGGAACAUCCUCUUCAGCCAAGUUGCAGCCCAAAGGUAUUGAUCUAGAUGCCACAGGGAAUAUAAAUGGAUUGCCUGUAAUAGAAGUGGAUUUAGAUUCGUUUGAAGACAAACCGUGGAGGAAACCAGGUGCUGACCUUUCGGAUUACUUUAAUUAUGGAUUCAAUGAAGAAACAUGGAAAGCUUAUUGUGAAAAACAGCGACGGCUUCAGCUUGGACUGGAUCCCUCUCCGCCUAUCAGCAGUGAGAAUAAGAUCACAGUUCAGCAAGGAAGGACAGGAAAUUCAGAGAAAGAACCAGAGAACAACAUUAUCAAAACGGAAUUCAAAACGGAUUUUGUGGCUCUGAUAGGAGGACGGAUGAAGGCUGGGCCUCCACCAAAUAGGUUCUUGGAGAUCAUGGAACUAAGCCACAACCCCCACAGCAGCCCCAGCAACCAUCACAGCCCCAGCAGCCACCUCAGCAACAGCCGUUUGUACCACCAGCAGGUCCCCCACCUCCCCCAAUUGCUGGGCCACCCCCACCACACUUUCUCCACCCUCCCCCUCCAGUUACUUCUGUCCCACCUCCUCUGCAUCCUCCAGGCUUGCCACCACCAGGUCCCAUUCCAGGGCUGUUCCCUCCACCUCUGGCUCCUCCACCAGCUCUUCUCAUUCCAACACUUGAUGGCACAAUCUUCCAUUUUCACACUGCCUCUGGCCUUUUCAAGACUGACCAUUUUCCUGAAUUUUGGUGUGGCCGCUGCAGGACAUCAUGGCAAAGAGGAAGGAGGAUCUGUGACUAGAGGGAGGGGAGACUGUCAGGGCUUCUGGCCAGAUCCAGUCCCUCACUUCUUAUCUCCAUCCUCCCGGCAAGACCUCCCACUCUGUCCUGCCUCUCCCUGCUACCAGAUCCCACAUCCACCCUCAACCCAGGGCAAUGGAGGGAAACAGCAGCAGCGGAGUGGAGACUUGUUGUUGGUCUGGAGACCAGGCAGCCAACCUGCCGGCUACAAUAACAGGCAGCCUCCACCAUUUGGAUACAGCUCUGCAGAUUCUGGUUUCAUCAGCUACCCUCCUAUUUCCACGUCUCACACGCCCUGGGUAACGACAGUGGAUAAGGGCACAAGCAGCUCCAGCAGCAGCCACUGGGAGUACUCCAGCUCAAGGCGUGAGAGAGAAAGGGAGCGGGAAAGGGAAAGGGAGAGAGACAGAGACCGGACUCCAACCACCAGUGAAUACAACAACAGCUCCCCCUGCCUCACGGUACGCUUGUCUCUCCCCCAAAGCGACGACGAGCGAUAUCGCUACUACAGUCGGGAGCGAGGUUAUGAUUUUGAGCGGGAUUAUCGCAGGAGUAGAGAUCGGAGCAGAGAGCGGGAGGAUCGCCACCGGGAGCGCAGGCACAGAGAAAAGGAGGACAGCAGUAAACAUAAGUCUUCAAGACGUAAGCAGCACGAGAGUGAAGAGGGUGAAAGCCACCGGCGCCACAAGCACAAAAAGAACAAGCGCAGCAAAGAGGAGAAGGAGGCCAGUGAUGACGGCGUCGCAGAGGGAGAUGAACAAGAUGCUAAGGAGUAAUGGCCCCCAGCUCUCCUUUAGGAGAGACUUGCUCCUUUGUGAGCAGCAUGGCAUCUAACUUUAUUUUCCAAGGGAAGCAGAGAUGACUCUGGUGGCCAGGUAUUGAAAUGCAAUGUGACAGCUCAAGCGUUAAGGCUGAACACACAGUUAAACUUGGAUACGAGACAAAGUAUGGCAGUGAUAGUAUAUACAGCACUGAGCUACUCUUCUUGUAAACGACCCUAGAAGAACUUCAUUGUAUCAGAUCCUAUGGUUUCUGAUGAAAGACAGCUUCAGCUGAAACUAAUGUAUUUAGGUAAUAGGGUUUUUUUGCGCAACCAUGGUUCCUUUUUUUAAAAAGUAGGACAGUAACUGCAACUUGAACUUUAUUGUCCAAAGAAAAGUGUGAUUUAGGUCCUCUGUGAGCCAGCUUAGAAUCUGGCAUCUGUUAGUGAAAGUGUCAUCCCCCAAAUCCAUUUCUUCAUAGCUAUGAAAGUAUCUUUCAUUCAUCCAUGGCAGGAUUGGCAGCAUAUGGAAAGGAACUACUUUCAGGUGUGUCAUUUGAACCUGCUUUGGUCUAAUGGCUUUUAAAAGGUAGGGCAUUCAGAGACUUCAAACCCAACUUUUUUUUAAACCGAUUGAGAAUGUAGUUCUACCACAUGUUAUACCUGUAAAUGGAAAGUCAUCUUCUGUGGAAGACUGUGGUGAGAGCAGGAGUUUUUUUUUAAUUAGUUUGGAUUUUUGGUAACAAUUGAGAUAAAUAAUCUAACACCUUAGGGAACAUGCAGUUUGACGUUGGGUUUACUUAUUUAUAUUCAGCAUCACUAAUAUACCUGUGCAAUGCAUUUCUCCCCCCUAAGAUCUCAGAAUAAAUGCAAUCAAAUUUCAUGCUCUGUUUGAUUUAGGGUUUUUUUGUUUUGUUUUAAAACAGAGAAACUUCAGUGGAAAGUGGGGGUUUGUUAUGUAUACCUGGUUCUUACACAGAAUACUGCACUUGUUUGUGUGAAUCCACAAGUCUCAUUUUAAAUAUCUUCCACUUCUAUGAAUUGAUAUUUAAAAAUGUCUUAAAUCCUUCCUCAAAAUAAGAUGGUUUUGAAAUUUUACAUAUGAUUUUUUUGUACUGUAGUUAUGCAAGUCUGAGUGUUGUGUGAAGCUUACAACCUUUAAAACUUGAGCCAGUACAGCAUGAUAUCAGUUUGUAUGCUAUGACACUGCAUUUGAUGGGUCUUUAACUACAAAACCUGUGGGGAGCAGAAUAAAGCAAUUUUUUUUUUU